AUGGAGAAUGCGAACUCUAUCAAGCAAGAAGCUUGGGUCAGCACCACAGCUACAGAGCCGGAUCGUGACUACUCAGCUUGCCGGCAACGUCGCAUCAAAUGCGGGGAGGAGAAACCUGUAUGCAAGAACUGCAUCAAAUCGAAACGAGAAUGCAAAGGAUAUGCCCAGCGCCUAGUCUUCAAGAACCCUCUGGGUAUUCCCGGGUUCUCGAGCCUCCAGCAGACAUUCAACACAGCAACAGUACCAAUUUCUACUGGAUACGAUGCUCCUAUAUCGUUGCCUGAGAAGCCAGCUGGUUCUCGUCAACCGACCCUCGCCCCUAAGCCGGUUACACUUCCAACCACGGGGCAGGACCCUAUGCCGACCACCGUGCUUUCGCGGCCACAGGAAAGCCAGCAAGCUAACGCCAUGCCGACAGCUUAUCAGCUGGGUGAAGGGCAGACUCAGACAUAUCCGGCGUCUGAACACUAUAUGGCUCCAGAGCCUCCUUCCUGGGUUACAUCACAGUCUCAGAAAACGGAAUCUGAGAUCAGGGAAAGCUACAUACACCAUGGCGCGCGUGACCUUUCUAUUCAAGGCUAUUACCCAGAUAUCCAAGAAAGCAAACAUCCCUCACACUCAUCUGCCAUGCCUCAAAGUCUAGCAAACAGCAUAAUACAUUCCCAACCUCCUUCUGCUAUACCCCAGGUACCGAACUCAACUUGGGCGGCUUGCUCAGCUGCUCCCCACGAAGAACAGCAAUUGCAACAAGUGACACCGGCACAGAUAUCAAUAUCUCCAUCCCAGAUAACAUAUAUGGAUGAGGAUGAUGAUGACUACUACGAUGUUGAGACCGACGAAGAGCUAGAAGAGCAGACAUCAACGCAGAAUUUCAAUCAAUUGAGUCUUAUAAUGACCUCUGCCAAUAGAGAUGAACGGCAACUCCGCUCAUUCACAACAUAUCUGAACGAGCCUAACGUCCUAGCUUCAUAUCACCCUACCCUCGGUUCAUCCCCGUUGAACAAUCCCAAAACCGCUCGAAUAUUUCUUCAUUUCAUCCACUCCACAGGCCCUUCUCUAUCAAUCUUUGAGCGUCAUCCCAUCGACCCUUCGACUAUGUUCGGUGCUCCGGUCCCAGCGGCACAGCAAGGAUUGUGGACGUACACGCUGCCUUUCAAGGCGUUGGAACACCCGGCAUUGCUUCAAGCUAUUCUUGCGCUUAGUAGCUUACACAUCUCGUUCUUGCAGCAAGCGCCCGCCACAGUCUCUUUGAAACAUUAUCACUAUGCCCUCAAGAGAAUCGCGGUGGCAGUAGGCCUACCCAUGAGACGUAAACAAGUUGGCACUUUAGCUGCGGCUCAGUUAUUAGGUUAUUACGAAGUGAUGGCCGCCGAUCCUUCAAAAUGGAACAACCACAUUGCAGGAGCAGCUCAGCUAGUGCGCGAGAUCGACUAUGCCGGCAUAACGCGAGACCUUCGUGCCUACCGACGCAGAAUAUGUGCUCAGCGAUAUGAAAUGGGCGGCCUCGCCUUCCCGUUCGCUGGGAGUCAUUCUCUUAGUAACAGAUUUUCAGAAGACGAUCCUUUUGCUGAAAAGGAAAGUAGCAUCGAUGAGAAUAUCAUAGGUACUAUCAUCGGUCGAGCGGUUAACUAUGACGAUUUCGGCGAAGUCGAUGAUGGCUAUGAUGGGCGAUCUUCUAAAAGAUACUUCACCCGAAAAGAUAUCGAGAAUUUCCGGGUCCAAUGUGACCUUUAUUGGUGGCAUUUUAAGCAAGAUAUUUUUCAGAGCAUGCUUACCGGUAAUGAGAUGUUCAUGCCCAGUUCCCAAUGGGGCCAGUGCCCUCCACGAGCAGGUUUGGGCAGAUUGGACGCUAUCUACGGCUCAGCAGACCAUCUGUGGCUCCUACUCGCCCGAGUAACCAAUUUUGGGAUUCGGGAUAGGAAAAGAAAAAUAGCUGCCAUGGCAGCGACGGGAUCAAAUUGGAGGCCGGGCCCUGAACUCUCCAAAUUCAUGGCCCGUUUCGCUAAGGGCCCCCCGGAUGCACGGGCCAGACCUGCUUCGAGCUCGUCGUCCAGCACACCUCCUGCCUUUUCUGGUGUCCCUGCUGGAGCACAGGCGCACGGUGCCAACAGCGCCGGGUCUAGUCCGUGGUCUGGAGGUGGGUCGGAAAAGUCGGUAUCGGGAAAAUCCCCAGAGCCACGCCAGUCACACAGCAAUAGUCCUGGAGCACAACCAGGAGCUCCUCCCAUGUACGGUAUGGUCCCAGCGAGUGGACCCAAGCGGCUGCCUUUAGCGUUUGGUGAGGCAACGACUCAAGCUGGCUCUGUUGGACAAGAUGAUGACGACUCUGAAACUUUAUCGUAUACUGAAGUUGAACAGGAAUGGGAGAGUAUUUUGGAGGCCUUUGAGACAUUUGCUCAUGCUCUUGGGCCGUAUUUCAGGCCUCUACCUUCUGAUAGUGCACCUCCCAUCUCGACUGUGUUUGGACCCGCCCUUCAGUACCGUACGCAUACGAUUGCAGUAAUCUGGGGCUAUUACUACAUAGGCCGCAUCCUUUUGCACAGAAUACAUCCGUGCAUGCCACCUGCAAUGAUGGUGGCUGCGGGCGUAGCUGCGCCUACUACGGCGGAAUUCUCUCAAAUGAUUGGAAAGAUCGCGGCAGGCAUUUACUACCCACAACUAUUUAAUCUAGAAGCAGGAAGUUUGAGCCCCACUCUGGGCUCUUGCCUGAUCGAAAUCACCGUGCCUAUCUUCUUCGCCGCCGUGCAAUUCACAGACCCUCCUCAGCGUGAAUGGACAGUCACUAAAUUGCGCACCGUCUCCCGCUUAACGGGUUGGAAAGCAUCAGAUGCCAUAGUCCAUGGAUGUGAGAGUGCAUGGAGAGCUGCUGCAAAGCAAGGACGUGGUCCCCCCUAUCAUCCGCCAGACGAGACCACUGUGCACCAGCCGCCCGCUUGGAUGUCGGCUACAGAAAGCCAGGCUAAUGAAAACUCUGAGCGACGCUUUGUAAAAGUGAAGCCUCCAUAUACGCGCUAUGCCAUGGGGGUUUUGAUCUUGGAGGACGAAAUGGAAAAUUUGGGGAUAGACGAGCGGGUGUAG